AUGACUUCCAUGAAUGUGCCUGAGCCAGUUAUGUCAUUGGCUAUAUCAGCAGUCUCGAAAGAUUCUGGAGGAAAUUUUUCGAAAGCCUUGAAUCGCUUUCAGAAAGAGGACCCUACUUUCCGUGUCGCCCAGCCUCAGCAUGAUGAUGACCCCGCGCCGCCAAACCUUGACGAGUACGCCACCGUGCAGGACGCUGUAUUCGACAGCUCCCAUUUUGCUGAUUUGAAUCUCAAUCCGGACGGCGGAGGAGAUGAUGGCGAGAAGCAGAUGUGGGACGAGAAGUACAGGGACAGAGUGAAAAGCAAAGUGUUUGGGGAAGAUGUUUCGCAUUCGAGAAUUUUGGAGAGAGAAGAGGAGAAGAAAAGGAAGGCUGGAAACCUCGCCAUGGCCUUGUUAGAAGCGGCUUUAGAUGAAGAUGAUAAUGAGGAUGCGGAGGAGAGGGAGGUGACGGAGGAGGAUCAGAAGUCUUUGUCUGUUGGUAUUAUUGGGGCUCCUAACGCUGGAAAGUCGGCUCUCACUAAUUGCAUGGUUGGGACUAAAGUUUCAGCUGUUUCACGGAAGGUCAAUACCACCACACAUGAAGUGUUAGGAGUUUUCACUAAAGGAGACACACAAAUUUGCUUCUUCGAUACGCCUGGGCUUAUGUUAAAGAAAAGUGGAUUUCCUUACAACGAUAUCAAAGUUCGCAAUGAAAGUGCAUGGAGUUCCAUUAACUUGCAUGAUGUUUUAAUCGUCAUAUUCGAUAUCCACAGACAUAUUACAAGACCUGAUUCACGAGUGGUGAGAUUGAUCGAAAGAAUGGGUUCAAUUAGCAACACAAGCCAGAAGCGUGUGUUGUGCAUGAAUAAAGUUGACAUGGUCCCAAAGAGGAAUGAUCUGCUCAAAGUUGUGGAAGAAUUCAAAGACCUUCCUGGAUAUGAUAGGUUCUUCAUGAUCUCAGGACUGAAGGGUGCUGGGAUCAAAGACCUUACUCAGUAUUUAAUUGAGCAGGCAGUGAAAAGACCGUGGGAUGAAGAUCCAUUUGCCAUGAGCGAAGAAGUUAUGAAGAACAUAUCCCUAGAAGUUGUGAGAGAGAAAUUGUUGGACUAUGUGCAUCAGGAAAUACCAUAUGGCAUCGAACAUCGCUUGAUGGGCUGGAAAGAGUUAAGAGAUGGCUCAGUCCGAAUUGAGCAACACUUCAUCACUCCCAAAGUCAGCCAACGAAAAAUUCUAGUCGGGAAAAAGGGCUCCAAAAUAGGGAGGAUAGGUAUGGAAGCUAACGAGGAGCUUCGGUCCAUAUUCAAGAGGGAUGUUCAUCUAAUUCUCAUGAGCAAACUCUCAAAACGGCAUGGGGCAACUUCAGUAGGUCAGUUCAAGGAGAUGGGUUUUCUUCCUCAAGCAAUGGUGAACUAUCUUGCCCUAUUGGGCUGGGGUGAUGGUACUGAGAAUGAAUUUUUCACCCUUGACGAGCUUGUUGAUAAGUUCACUAUUGAGCGCGUUAAUAAGAGUGGAGCCGUGUUUGAUUCUGUCAAGUUAAGGUGGAUGAAUGGUCAAAAUUUGAGAUCUCUUCCAACCGAAGAACUAAACAAACUCAUUGGUGAGCGGUGGAAAAGCACUGGCUUUGUCACAGAAUCAAGGGGGACAUUUGUAGAAGAUGUUGUUCAGCUGCUAAAGGAUGGGAUUGACGUGAUAACAGAUGCUGACAAACUUCUUUCAAAUCAAUUGUCCUAUCCUUUAUACUCAACUCUUGCUAGUCCUGAAAGUAAAACUGUAAUAGAAGAUAAACUGUCGGAAGUUUCUGCGAGUUUGUUAGCUGCUUAUGACAGUGGGGAGUUUGUUAGUGCCCUUGAAGAAGGUAGUGGUGGGUGGCAGAAAUGGGUUAAGAGUUUUGGUAUAUUUACGAAACGCAAGGAAUGCUUCAUGGUCCUGAAGGGAUCAGCUUUGCUUCUCAUCUUGAAGCUGGAAAAUGUGGAGAAGCACCUCAAUCUGUUUUAG